AUGAAGGGGAAUGCAGUUACUUGCGAAUAUGCAACAGUGUCUCUUGCGUCCCAGGCUAAGGUCCGCUGGCGAAGAUAUGUCGCGCCUCGGGGCGUGGCUCUGGACGAAAUCGCUGAAGUUGCGCAAACACUCCAAGCAGCGCUUAUCGCCUCACCUAAAACGAGAGAGCCUGCUGUUUUGUGGCUCACCCAUCUCCGCCUUCCUUUCUACGCCGUCGAAGGCACUGAUAUGCCCGAAGCACUUUGGAUGUUUGUUUGGUCAGACACAACUCUCAGCGUGGAGUUGGAAAACUACCUACAGGCUCUUUUGCUACAUUCGUCCGGCGAGUAUAUUGUGCAACAACAGCACCACCCCGGCUCAGCUGCGCACGCAGCAGACCCUCUCCCGCAGUCACACACGUUCUUUUUACGUGCCGUUUGCAACGCCAUCGCUGACCGCUUACAUGAUGGUUUCAACACGCGUGUUGCUGGCGGCUUGCUUCGUUUAAACCCAUUUUCUUGCGAGUUUCAAGCGCCAUCAUUGGCCUGCUACACUACUUUCCGCGCUUAUACCUCUCAACACACCCUUUAUGUCAUGUCCAACACUGAAUAUACCCAGUGGAGGCCGUUCGACUUGCGGAUCACACCAGCAGAUGCAGUCCCGCGCGACGUUGUUCUUGGUGAGACACAAGUUCGAAUGUUGCCUUCAUUGCAACGAGCGACUUUACUCUCAACAUGUGUGGAAACGCAAGCCGAGCCCCACAUGUCGAAUGUGUUAUCAGUGCUUAACGACUCUUUCUUGCAUUUAUCAAAUCAAGACUCUUCACAUGUCGCCGUCCUUCGCAUUUCGAUUAGGGAGCCACCACCGUCUUUGCCGGUGGACGCAUCUGAUAUGCGUACGGGGGUCAACCCUCGAACAACCCUUUGCACAGUGCUAUGGCCAUUGGCCUUAUGUUUGCGAGAUGAAAGUUCACACACCGAAACGACUCGGACACCGUGGCCAUUGUACUCAGCAGCGCAGCUGCUCGACUCGGAGACUUGGCACACUAAUUCCGAUGCCGCAGAGCCAGACGUGAUGUCUGAGGCGGGGCCUGGACUGCAGCAGUCUCCUCUAUGUACAAUAGCUUCAGAACGCAUCGCGGAGCCUAGCCACAUGCAAACCCCAAAUAAAAAUUCGCCGCUAUCACUUAUGCAAGAUAAUAUGGAAGGUGUAUUCAGUUCUAUUGGUCAGCUAACUCAAGACGAAUUGAGUUUUUUUGAAAUGCCAACAACUUUGAGUGCUUUCAUUGAACCACCGAAUGCACACGCGCAACCUGUAUGCGACCCUAUGGGAUCAUCCAACAUUCCCACUCCAACAUCACCCACACCCAUGACCUGUCCAGAUGCGCUUACGCACAAGUAUGAUGAACAUGGCAAAUUCUUCACGCCAGGAGGCCGAUGGCGCUCUUCGGACGAUGUAACCCGCAUUGGCUUGUCGCCCCGCUUUUCGUUCACGUCGCCACAAAGUGCUAGUGGCAACAUGGCUGCAUGGACAUCCAUCUCGCCCAUGUUCCAAAGCGACGAGUCGAACGACGACGACGAGACAGAUUUCGCUGGAACUCCCUCCAUAGUCCAGCGUUCAUUAUGUCUGACUCGGCUGCGCUCUAGCACCGCAUACCCUGAACAGAAACCAACAUAUUCGCGCGUAAGCGAGACACGUGCCAUGCGUAUGCGUCUAGCAUGGACUGCACUGUACGCAGCAAACGCUCAGCAUUCGCUAAACUUGCCUCGGCAUGCUGAACCUGUGCUCACAGCACAGGUGCAAAGUGAGCCGCUUCCUAUUCCCAGCAUUUUUGCUGGCUGCCAGCAGUCAUUCGUGCAGAUUCAUAUAACAGCCUUGCCAUUUUGGACGCAGCUCGGCUUGCAGCCUGUCGCUGGCAAACGCAUGAUUCAUGCACAUCUUGUGCUGGUCGACUCAACCGUUCCCCUCGAAUCAGCUCGGGCAUGGCUCCAAGCCCUAGCCGAUCAAUACUCGGCACAAUCACUCGGUACGUUAACUUUGGGGCACGUUUGGCAAUAUAAGGAGGGCACCUGGACUCACGGUUCCUCACCUAGUCUCGCCAAGGGCCAUACUGUUGUGAUCUUAGUGUAUGAUGAUCGAAGGGCGUGUGAACGCCUGUACAGUGCCUGGCCGGAACCUAGAGCUGAUGUCACCCUUCUUCCUGUGCCACAAAACGACCUGUUGGCCUAUCCAAUCCGACAAAGCUUGGUGUGGGCGGCCUAUGAAGACCCACUUCAUCGUGUGUUUCAAUUGGCGCCCCGCACAUUUGAAGUAUGUCAUUACUUAAGAGAGAAGAUAUCUUUCGCGUUGGCGUGGCCAUUGCAGUCAUCGCACGAUCCCUUGCAUCAAGGUGCUGUGCUGCAUGUCGCCUACGAUAGACUUGCACCGGUGGUGCGUGUCGUUUGUACGGAUGACAGGGCUCAAAGACUUGUAUGUCGCGUAUGGGACGCGUCUGAUGCUCAAACAGAUAUCUUGCAUGCAUGGGAGGUGAUAUGCGGCGUGCUUGCUGAUACUUUUGCGACAUGGCAUGUUGUGAUCGGACGAUUCAGUGACAUGCCAGCUGAAGAGAUGCAGACAUGGAAAUUUGUGAUAAGUCGAAAAGAAUCCUUUAUCUUGUCGGUGGGCUUACUGUGCCUUGAGCCAAAUGCAUGGCCUUUAAUCCACACACAGCCACAUGCACAGCCACAAGUUGUGUAUAUGGCCGACAUGCCUAUGGCAUUGCACACGGGCCAGCCACUCCCUGUGUUGCGCUCAGCCUAUAUGACACAUGGAGUGUAUGCAGUUCACCUCUUACAAUCCCAUGACACGUAUGAGAUGGAUGCUUAUUUUCACGACAUUGUUCUGCAUUUGUAUGCCUUGGAGUGUAUGACAAAAGCUCGAUGGCCGGGACUGGACGUAUGUUUGCCGUGGCAUUUCGCUAUUUUGGCGUGCGCGUAA